CCUGGUCACGAAACCCGCUCAACAUCUUCACAACAUGUCUCUCGAUCCACCGAUGUACAUUGUUUCUCUGCAGAACAACAUUCGAGCGAGACCCAUAUCCUGGGAAGGAGCUGUACGGGCAGGAACUAUUAGCGAUGCCGACCUUAAGAAGAUCAAGUCAAUUGACAAGGUCCGCAAAGAGCAGCGCAAGCAAACGAUAGAAGGAGAUGUCGACGGCUUUGUACAGCUCCUCCUGGGCGGCAACGGCUCUGACAGCAUAUUCCAGAAGACGGCAUCCAAGAGAGGUGACAUCGUCCAGUACAUGCUAGUACUGACCGGGGAUCUUUUAGAUGAUAUUCCGUCUUUGACAUCAGGUCUAGCAAAGCACGCUGCCCCCUUUGAUCCAUUCCUCCCGCUGCUGAAGACGAACAACAAUAAAGAAGAUGCGAUCCCGCUACUCACAUCAACGGUACUGUCUGCGCUGAUAUCACAUGCGCAGUCGUUCUCGAGAAAGGAUCAGACUAAGGUCGCGAAAGCCCUGCCUCAGUUGUACAGCUACUUGUCGAUCCUUGCCAAGAGCUCCGAUUCCAUGCAACAAGACAUUGCCGUUCAACAAUAUUCAUUAGUCCUCAAGACGGAGAAGUCAAGAGAGCUGUUCUGGGAACAGAGGAAGGAAACCUUGGAUCCCUUGAUAGACAUCCUACGGGCUGCUGCAGGCUCAGGCAGAGACGGGGACUCAACAAUGCGAAGCGGAGCCGGAGGCAGCAUUCGAAGCGUUGAUACAACCAUCGGGGGCGGCGUUGGCUUACAACUACUUUAUCAUGUUUUACUCGUAAUAUGGCAACUGAGCUUCGAGGGUGAGCUGGUUGGGGAUGGAUUGAACGAGGAGCACGACAUUAUCAUCCUCUACGUCCAACUCCUGCGUCUCUCCCCCAAAGAAAAGACCACCCGUCUCCUCCUCAGCACGCUGCACAACCUCCUCACCAGUAACCCGUCCACACUCCUCCCCGCUGCCACAUUCGCCAAGCUGCCCUCCUUCCUCAGCACUCUCCAAUCGCGCCACCUCACCGACGAAGACGCCCAGGAAGACCUCAAAGCCCUCACCAGCACCCUUGAAGAAUACACCAAGACGCAAACCACCUUCGACAGCUACGCCGCCGAAGUCCAAUCCGGACACCUCCGCUGGUCACCACCUCACCGCAGCCCAGCCUUCUGGCGCGAAAACGCCCGCCGCAUCCUCGAGGACGACAAGGGUGCCCUACCCAAGAAACUCGCCGAGAUCCUGGGCAAGACGUGGGACACAGACAAGCAAGUGCUCGCGAUCGGAUGCAAUGAUAUCGCAAGUCUGGUCAAGGAGGUGCCCGAGAAGCGCGCGCAGUUGGAAAAACUCGGGUUGAAGACGCGGGUUAUGGAGCUGAUGCAGGACCGCGACGAGGCCGUGCGAUGGGAGAGUCUGCGUGCAGUCGGCGAGUGGCUGAGGUAUACCUUUGAGUAGGAGCCCUGUAGACCCGGGACGUCGUUGUGUUUUUGUGGUCCUGCAUGGUUUUGUACGCGAUAGAUUUAGCAGCCCAAUCAUCCAUCCAUUAUACUUCAUUUCAUGCACCGUCCCACACCCACGCCCACACAUCUUCCUUUUCCCCUUUCGUCGCUUUCCCUCAUCUAUGAUCGUCAAAAUAACCCCACUCCAAUCCCAGAACAAAACCAACCCCCUCUCCCUACUAGAAACAAAACUAUAACCAUGUUCUCAAUGACAUCCUCCCC